AAAAGGUCUCUUAUCAAACAAGAUUUCGGUUUCUGCGAAUUGUAUUUUUCAUUCGGGACAGAGCUUGCGAUUGAGGAAGCUGUUCGUAUAUGUACACGACAUAGCUACGGAUUCUGAUAAUAAGUGUUUCGAUUGUUCAAGACCGGUUACGAUUCUUGCAUUAACACGGCAUUAACACCAAGAUUCCGAUAAAUUUAGGUUGCGAUUAAUUAGAGAACCCCAUCAUCAUUGCGGACUAAAGUUUUGGUUUGUUCAACAUCAAGUUUCCCAGUGGACUAAAGCUCGCAUAUUCAAUGAAUGAUAAUAUUGAUCACUCUAACGCGAGAAGUGCAACUCUUAAUAUUUAACCAGCGACAUUCACGUGAGUCAUCCGAUGUUCAAUAUCAGUUCAUUGCAUUCUCUCGCUCAUUCCAUUCAGCGAAAGAGGUCAAGUGACUCAGACUACGAAAUGUAACUGAGUUAUUCACCUCUUCAUGCUACAGUACAUAUUUUGAAAAGAAGCAAAUAUCUGCGGAUCAAAUGUACUUUAAUUUCUCUGAAUAAUAUCGAGUGCUUAUUUUGUUGUGUUUUGCCUAUGAAAAUUAAUCAGACCGCCGUACACGCCGGGUAUACACCGAAUCAGAUAUCCAUCUGCAAGAGAGAUUUGUCGGGUAUGCUUUUAGGAAGAUUCCUGAUAUUUGGACAGUGUUAUAAAUUUGAACGUUAUGUGAAGGACAACAGUAUCAUUCCUCAACAGUGAUAAAAAACAAUAAUAAAUAAAACACGGAGUUUUGUGUAUGUGUUUGGUGCAAAAAUAUAAUUUGAUACAAAGUUUGUGCUGUUUCGGAAAGCAAGAAUGACAGGAACAUCUGAAACGACGCCCAAACAUAUUGAGCAUGUCCAUACCGUUGAUGUGAGGGAUGAAUCCACCGAUGGAUCUCUUCAAUCCCUUCCGCGGGAAGGAGAGGAAGAAGAUUCAGCAGAUAUGACUACCUUGAUGAGGGUCCGCCUUGGGAGCCGGAGAAGCAACGACUCCAACCCAAUUUUAGGAGACAUCGAGAAUAAUUUGGACGAGAGCUCAGACGGUUUAGACGUGCUGCCAAGUAGCGCGGAUGCAGUGCGCAAACCCCGCAGCAAUACCUACGCUGGGUUUUCGAGCAAGCAGCCGCCGAACUAUUACCACAACGAGGUAUACGAAAGCGACAGCAGACGUGGUUCGCUGAGGAGUAGCUGUUUCAGUCAAGGCGAUUUGGGCAUCAACGGCGCUUUGGGCAUCAACGGCGAUUUAGCAGGAAUUACCGAUCACGACUUGGGGAUGAAGGUACGGUCUUCGCUCUCGUUGCCUCGCGAUAGAGGUGGGAUGGUGGUCAUCAACGCUGCCAUUGGGGAGAAGCUGGCGAUGUCGAACUUGGAGCAGUACUCGAUGCUGCCGAUGACGAAAGAAACUGGGAACAAUAACUUUGACGAUGACGAGGAGGAUCCCGCAUCGACGUCGAAGACGGGGUCGAUGAAGCCAGUUGAUGGGAGUCAGGUUGCCGAAGAGGCCGAGAGUGAAGAGGAGUUUUUAGCGUGCGGGUGGUUUUUCUUGAGACCCAAAUGCUUGCAGGUAUUCAACAACCCAAAGGGCUAUCUGUUCGUUCUCUGUUUCCUCGGCCUCCUCCAGAACAUGACGGUCCUCGGCUACCUCCCCGUCGUCAUCACCACCCUCGAGCGACGGUUCCGACUGACCAGCGUCCAGACCGGCUUCAUCGUCAUCGCCUACGACAUCAGCAACCUCAUCGUCUGCGCGUUCGUCAGCUACUUCGGCGAGCGCGGCCGCAAACCAGUCUGGGUGGGGCUGGCGUCCAUGUUGUACAGCGUCGGGUCCGUCAUCUUCGCCCUCCCGCACUUCCUGGCGGGGGAGUACCAAUACGGCAUUAUGCAGGAUGAUGUCUGUCCAGCUUUGUCUAAUGUUACAUCUGGGAGCUCCUGUGGUGAGAUGACGUCAUCAUCCGACAAUUCAAUGCUGCUUUACUAUUGGUUGUUUAUCAUCGGUCAGGUGUUACAUGGAUGGGGCGGGUCGACCCUCUACACUGUCGGUAUUACGUAUAUGGAUGAGAGUUUGCCGUCUUCGACGUUCGGCCUUUAUAUGGGAAUCUUCACCGCUAUGAACGCCGUUGGACCAGCUCUGGGUUACCUGAUAGGCGGCGCCAUGCUGUCAGACCUGUACAAUGAUAUCACAACACCUUUGUCAAGUUUGGACAUCACCCCUGAUAAUCCUGUUUGGGUCGGAGCUUGGUGGUUGGGAUUUUUAAUCAAUGCUGCGCUCAUUUUCAUCUUCGCUUUCCUCAACCUCGGCUUUCCAAAGAAACUACCAGUAAUGGAUAAGAUUUUACAAGAGAAGAGAAACGAAUCUCAAGCAGGUUGCGAGUUCGAAUCCCGGGACGGUUCGUACCUCGAAGUUCUUCAAGACUUCCCCAAGGCUCUUUUAGGCCUCUUCAAAAACCCUCCAUUUAUCUUCCUGUCAUUGAUUGCUACCUGUGAGUGGUUUGUCUACGCCGGCCUUACAACGUUCGGCCCAAAGUUUUUCGAAUCUCAACUCAACAUCUCGGCAGGGGACGCAAGCUAUGAUAUAGGAAUCAUCAGCGUCUCGGCUGGCAUCGUAGGUUCCCUGAUAAGUGGAGUAUUGAUGAAACGACUGAAUCUAUCUGUCAGAGGUCUUUUGAAGCUGAGUGUCAUUUGUGCCGUAGUCUCUCUCCUGUCGCAGUUCGUAUUUCUCUUCCCUUGCCCUGAUAUUCCUUUUGCUGGAGUGACAGUUCCCUAUGGUAAUGGCCAAGGCACCCUCAAUAGCACAAAUAUUUCAGCACCAUGUCACGGUUCCUGCGCAUGCUCAGAUACGUUUGACCCCGUCUGUGGAGAGGAUGAUAUCCUUUACUACUCGGCCUGUCACGCUGGAUGCUCUGCGCAAGAACAAACAUUGGAUGGCAAGAUACAAUACAUGAAUUGUUCGUGCGUUUCAAACCCCGCUUAUCCAAAUGGGGACUCAUUCGUGUCUGGGACCGUCGAGAGAGGACGCUGUUCACAAAAGUGUGGCUACCGAUGGUUAUUUUACAUAUUGAUGUUCGUUGCCCUUAUUUCGACGUCGAUGUUAAUAGUUCCAACAUGGGCAGCAACAGUAAGGUGUGUUGAACAUAGUCUUAGAGGCCUAGCUCUCGGUGUCCAAACAGUUAUGUAUGGAGCAUUGGGCAAUGUUCCUGCUCCGGUCGUAUUCGGGCUCCUUAUCGACCGCUCCUGCCUCCUGUGGGAGACAGCUUGCAACGGCUCACGCUCCUGCUGGCUCUACGAUAACAAGCAAUUCGCCAACUCAUUUUUUCUCCUCACCGUUAUCUUCAAAUCGUCCUCCCUUAUCUUCUGUAUAGCAGCGCUUCUCAGCUACAAACCGGUCUCUGCCGGUGUCCCGACGGAUUCCAGUCCCAGCAAUCUGCCGGAGUUCGCCCGGCGGUUUAGCAGGAAAGUGUCGAUACGGUUGUCCACGAAAACGCGAGGAUCGGUGUACCCCGUGGAUACAUGA